AUGCCGCCUCGAUCUUCUUUAACGUCGUCCUUCUCUAUCACAGACUCCAACAAUGAGGUAGUCUGCCCUCUUCGCAAUCAAGAUGGCUCAAGCUGUCGCAAGAGAUGCAUUGGUGAAAAGAGGUAUCGCUCCAUGCAGGAGCAUAUCCGUCGCGCGCAUCCCGAGCAUUACAUUUCCAAGCUACCAGCUACCGAAGAGAGCUUCUUGUUAAUGAUUAAUACUCCUCCGUCGGAGCGCCGACCUCUUGAUCAGACCUCAGCUCCAAAUGCUCAGGGUUUGUCACACUCUCAGUCAAGCCUGCCCCCGCCCAUUGACCACCUUCAAGGUUUUCAUGAGAGACACAACUACCACCGCGAGGACUCGAGCAAUCCGGGCACGCCGCGCCUUAUAGAUGAAUACACUAACGGUGGGCCGGUCUCUGGUCCAAUGCUGGGUACUGCCAGCGCAGCGGCAGCAUUAGCCGAACUCCACGGCGUUAAAAGCGAACGUGAGAUGGAUAUGGAUGGUGAAUAUUAUUCAGAUAUGGAUGUUCGACGUAGACCACGAACCUCCAUUGAACUACCGCCGCUCAAUCUUCCAAACCACGACAUUACUAGCGACCCUUACUCCUCUGCCAAGGCUAAUAGACAGCGCGACUUUCUUCCUUCCAUUCUUGCAAACUCACCUCCUGGAAGAUCAUCUACUCUCCCACCUCUCCAACGCCCUAUCGGUCCCAACCGUCCCCGCAAACAAUCUGUAACAAAGAGAGGAAGGGAAUCCCACCAUAAGAAGAAAACCUCAAAGGGAACAGCAACUGACUGGUUACGUCGGAUACAAAAUGAGGAGCGUUAUAGGCCAGGCAAUGAUCGGAAAGCUCUUUCGGCCGAACCAUCCGCAGACUUUGGGAAGCGAUGGGAAGAUCUCAUCGAUGCAGCUGACCAGGCUGCAUCUGCUGCUGGUGAUAUUGAUGAAGACCGCACUCCUGUCCCUCAAUCUCCAGUUUCAAUGCAUAGGUCAUCAUUGCCGCCCUUUUCUCACCAGCCACAAUUCCAACCAGCGAGUUACCAGGCCUCACCACUCCAGCAGGCACUUACGCCUCCGUCCUAUAGCCAGGACACUAUAGAUCCAUUUCCUUCAGUUGAAAGUGGCGAAAACUUCCAUAUGGGGACCCGGGGGCUUUCUGACUCGUCACCGACAUACUCGGCCCAAAACAUUCAGAUAUAUUGCGCUGCAUGUCAAGGCUUUUCUCUACUCAAGGAUUCAUAUGCAUGUACAGAAUGCAUCUGCGGUCUUUGUCCGACUUGUGUAGAGGUCCUCAUGACAGAGCACGGAGCAAGAAGGAAGUGUCCACGCUGUGCUACAAUUGGCGGACGGUUCAAGCCUUUCCAGCUCGACAUCAGAUAA